AUGGCGUCUUCGUCUUCUUCGGCUUCUCGCGAGGGACACUACAGAGGGGUUAGGAAGCGACCAUGGGGACGCUACGCAGCUGAGAUACGCGAUCCUUGGAAGAAGACUCGUGUUUGGUUGGGUACAUUUGAUACUCCUGAGGAGGCUGCGCUUGCAUACGACGGCGCCGCUCGUUCCCUCCGCGGUGCCAAGGCUAAAACAAACUUUCCUCCGGCGCCGGUUGCCGCCGCUGGCCUCUGCCUCGACCUCAACGUCCCUUCCUCUGAUCACCGCUGGCCCUCCGUCCCUUCCCGCAGUCUCGUCCUCAGUGAGUUUCUUCACACCGCUGGUCCUCCACCUCAGCCUCCUCCUGCUGCGGUGGCCAGUCACAGGCGCAUCGACGGCGCUGUUGCUGUUGGCGGUGGAGCACAGAUGGUGGAGAGUUCCCCGACGGCGUCGUUUCUGGGACUCAUUCGGCGCGGGAUUCCCAUCGACUUGAACGAACCUCCACCCUUGUGGCUAUAGAGUAUUAUAAAAUGAGAUCCUGUAUGUUAGGCUUAGCACGACGUCGUUUUUAUCUAAUUAAUGUACCCCAGUUUUUCCCCUCUCGUCAUGAUUAUGUUUCGUUUAUCAGCGUUGUUCGUUUUCAUAGAGG